GCUUUGUACCAUCGUCAACCCACAUAUAAUCACCUUCGUACCUUUGGUUGUCUAUGUUAUCCUAACCUCACCGCCACUACACCCCACAAAAUGGCUCCCCGGUCAACUCGUUGUGUCUUUCUUGGCUUCCCCCCAAUCAUCGUGGAUAUCGAUGUCUGGAGUUAGCUACUGGAAAAAUCAUUAUCUCUCGCCAUGUUACCUUUGAUGAAUCUGUGUUUCCUUUUACAGAUCCAUCACCACCAACCCCCACCUCUUACAAUUUUUUAUCCUCCACCACACUUCCCUUAGAUAGCCUCGCCUAUCCUUCCGCACCCCCAUCUCACAACACCCCAACAUCACCCUCAUCUACCUCCCCACACAGUCCACCCAAUCCUCCCACACCACCAACCCCUCCAAGCGACCCUCCCCCUCCACAACCUCCUACCCGACCCACCCAUCCUAUGGUCACUCGUGCUUCUCAUGGGAUCUUUAAACCCAAACCUGUCUUUGAUCUCAAUGUCCAAACCAUUUCACCUCUCCCUCAUUCUCACCUUUAUGCCCUUAAAGACCCUAACUGGAAUGCUGCCAUGCAAGAUGAGUACAAUGCCUUAUUAAAAACUCAGACUUGGGAUCUUGUUUUGCGCCCCCCUGGUGCUCAUGUUAUCCGUUCCAUAUGGCUCUUCCGGCACAAAUUUCACUCUGAUGGGUCUCUUCAGCGGUACAAGGCCCGUUUGGUUGCUAACGGUAAAUCUCAGCAGGUUGGUAUUGAUUACUUUGACACAUUCAGCCCUGUAGUCAAACCUGCCACCAUUCGCACUGUUCUUACCAUUGCUACAUCACGUUAUUGGCCUAUUCAUCAACUGGAUGUCAAGAAUGCCUUUCUCCAUGGUGACCUAUGUGAGACAGUUUAUAUGCAUCAACCCCCUGGUUUUGUUGAUUCCACAAAACAAAGUUAUGUAUGCCGCCUGCGCAAAUCUCUUUAUGGUCUCAAACAAGCUCCUGUUGUAGGAAAUUCGCCGGAUAAACCUGCAAAAAAUUGUUAGAAAAAUAAUAUAGCUCGAGUCGCGUAAACGCUGUCCUCAAGAAAGUAUUUCCGACUAGCGAAAAUCUUUCCCCAAGAUAAAACGAGCUCUUCGGCGUAAGCCGGUAACAGAACAACGAGAGUAAAAUAUAAUUAAUCCAGCAGAGUUGUAAUGUAUUAGGGGAUGUUGAACGCAAAAAUAAUUUUAUCUCACAAACUUCUUAACUAGCUUGGCUGAAUGCACAUAUAUAUACUCAAAGAGAUGAACGUUGCUACAUGCUCGAUCAGAUGAAAUGUUAGAGUAGUAACGUUCAUAUAUAUUAUUAAUCAAUAAGAUCCCACUAAUGUUGAGAUUAAUGUUGAAAAA